CUUCUAUCAAGUUAAUAUGUGGUUACCCAUUUUUUUGCUGUUUCUAUUAACGUAUCAGAUUUCUAAUUCUAAUGGCUCUUAUAAUGAAGAAAACAAAGCCUCCUUCCGAGGAGACUCAACACAUGCUAAAUUUGGUGAAGGAGUGCGAGAGUGGUUACGCAAUUUAAGGGAUCGACUGUUAGGAAGGAAAUUUGGUAGUAAUGGUCCAGAAAACAGAGAAAUAAUGAAUCCCAGUAAUGCUGAGAUACAAGAUCGUAUUCGUGACUAUGGUGGAUUCUUCGUAGAUUUAUCUAGAGUCAAAUUUGAUCCGAGAUACGAUAUUGGAUUUCGUAUUGGUCAUUGGUACUUUAUUCGAAUGGGAGACAAACUCGAUGACGAGUUUGCUUAUAACUAUUCAAGGGAAUGGGACACGUCUUCAUUCGUACCUAAUCAAAACCCACAACAAAUGUCUGAUAACGAUUGGUUAAACGAUAAUUAUGACGAUACAUUCACUACCACGAAGUUUUUUCCAUCAACCACAGCAAAUGCAGUUUUGAUGGAAGAAACUACAAUNGAAAGUGACAUAAUUGAAAGCACUUCCACUGAAAUAUCUCUAGUACAAAUGGAAGACAAUGAUACUGAAUCAGCAGGUAACUCAGCAGCUUCUGUUGAAGUUAUAUUUCCUUAAUAAAAUAYUUGCAAAAUUGAUAGCAUAUACAUUAAUCGGUUCUUAUUUUCUUAUUAUAUUUUAAAUAAUCAAUUAUAUGUAUAUAUAUAAAUAAAAAAAAAAUACAUGAAAAAUAAUCUUUUUAAUGAGGAAGUUCACAAUUUUAUUUCGUAAAUUCGUUCUUAAGUGUUACCAUGUUAAUAUUGAUGUUCAAAUGUACUAAAACAAUUUUUACGACGAUGUUACCGGUAUUAUUGUGGCCUUCAUGAUGGUGGUAAUGGAUUCACURAAAGAUAAAUAAUUGUAUUAAAAUUAAGCAUUCAAAGAUUAUAUUGGGAAAAGCAGUUCAGAACUAGCAAUUAAAUUAUUGCAUUUAAAAUCAUCGUGUCUUGUUAAAGCCAAGCCAAGCAAAGUUAGGAAAAAUAAUUAUUUCUUUAUUUUAUGUAAUAAAG